AUCAAAAUAUUUCCCUCGUUUGAAACAUGAGGAACUAGAAGUUUACGUUUGUGAUGAAACAGCGCAGACGCAGAGCUAUCAGCUAAGUGCCCAACAAAACAAGAUAAGCAGACAAAAUACAAGACUCUCUCUUUCACUCAUUUUCUCAUUCCUUUGCUUCUAACUCCCAGCAAUGGCGACUUUACCGACAUCCGCACACUCAAAUUUAGCUACUCAAUCCAAGUUUAUCUCAAGCUUCAUAUACUCGAACACCAUAAGAAGAAAUUCAAGACGGUUCUUUAUCAGUACCUCUUGUUCCAGUCGAGCAAGGAGACAGCUUUGUGUGAAGACUGUGGCUACUGAUCAGAAAGAUGCUGCCACCCAAACCCAAGAAGGUAGUUUGGCUACAUUUCCUCCGGAUUCGGCAUCCCUUGCAUCGAUUAUCAAAUACCAUGCAGAAUUCACACCUUCUUUCUCUAUUGAGUCCUUUGGGCUUCCCAAGGCAUUCUAUGCCACAGCAGAGAGUGUUCGUGACAUGCUUAUCAUGAAUUGGAAUGAAACAUAUGAGUACUAUGAGAAGCUGAACGUAAAGCAGGCAUAUUAUCUCUCAAUGGAGUUCCUACAGGGUAGAGCAUUGCUAAAUGCAGUUGGUAAUUUAGAGCUUUCUGGGGCUUAUACGGAGGCUUUGAAAAAGCUAGGGCACAAUCUAGAGGAUGUAGCUACGCAGGAACCAGAUGCUGCUCUUGGAAAUGGGGGACUGGGGAGACUUGCUUCAUGCUUUUUGGAUUCCCUGGCCACCCAAAAUUACCCUGCAUGGGGAUAUGGGCUGAGAUACAAGUAUGGCUUGUUUAAGCAGCACAUUACAAAAGAUGGGCAGGAGGAAGUUGCUGAAAAUUGGCUGGAGAUGGGAAAUCCGUGGGAAAUUCCAAGAAAUGAUGUUAGCUAUCCUGUGAAAUUCUAUGGCGAAGUUGUUUCGGGCCCAGAUGGAAAUAAGCAAUGGAUUGGGGGAGAAAAUGUCAUGGCCGUUGCCUAUGAUGUCCCCAUACCAGGAUAUAAGACUAAAACCACCAUAAACCUUCGACUAUGGUCCACAAAAGUUGCACCAGAAGAAUUUGACUUACAUGCUUUCAACACUGGUGACCAUGCCAAGGCAUAUGCAGCUAUAAAGAAUGCUGAGAAGAUCUGUUAUAUAUUGUACCCUGGGGAUGAAUCUGUGGAGGGAAAAUCCCUUCGAUUGAAGCAACAGUAUACUUUGUGUUCUGCUUCUCUCCAAGAUAUAAUUGCACGUUUUGAAAGGAGAUCAAGGGAGCCAGUGAAAUGGGAAGAGUUCCCCGAAAAGGUUGCAGUGCAGAUGAAUGAUACUCAUCCAACACUCUGCAUUCCGGAGUUGAUAAGAAUAUUGAUGGAUGUGAAGGGCUUGAGCUGGAAGGAAGCCUGGGAUAUUACUCGAAGAACUGUUGCAUACACAAACCAUACAGUUCUACCUGAGGCAUUGGAGAAAUGGAGUUUGCAGCUUAUACAAGAACUGCUUCCUCGGCAUGUUGAAAUCAUAAAACUGAUUGACGAGGAGCUAAUUCAUACCAUUAUUGCUGAGUAUGGCACGGAGGAUCUUGACUUAUUGGUACAAAAACUGAGAGAAAUGAGAAUUCUUGAUAAUAUCGAGUUACCUGACUCUGUCCUCGAAAUUCUGAGUAAAUCAGAAGAAAGUUCUGCGGUUGAUCACAUUGAGGAAGUUGAUAAAGAAGCUAAAGCUACUGAUGAAGAAGCUCAAUCGGAAGGACUGGACAGCGAGAAGAAAAAGGAGGUUACAUUUGAACCAGAUCCUAAACUGCCAAAGAUGGUUCGAAUGGCUAAUCUAUGUGUUGCUGGUGGACAUGCAGUAAAUGGGGUCGCUGAGAUUCAUAGUGAAAUAGUGAAGAAUGAAGUAUUUAACGAUUUUUAUAUGUUGUGGCCUGAGAAAUUUCAAAACAAGACAAAUGGGGUGACACCAAGAAGAUGGAUUCGAUUCUGCAAUCCAGAUCUAAGUAAAAUUAUAACCAAGUGGACUGGAACAGAAGACUGGGUAAAAGAUACUGAAAUCUUGGUGACCCUUGGAAAGUUUGCUGAUAAUGAAGAUCUCCAAUCUGAAUGGAGGGAAGCAAAAAGGAGAAACAAGAUAAAGGUUGCAUCCUUCCUCAAGGAAAAAACUGGUUAUCUAGUCAACCCUGAUGCAAUGUUUGAUGUACAGGUGAAGCGCAUUCACGAAUAUAAACGGCAGCUAUUGAACAUCCUGGGAAUCGUUAAUCGCUACAAAAAAAUGAAGGAAAUGAGUCCUGAUGAAAGAAAAGCAAGGUUUGUUCCACGGGUAUGCAUAUUUGGAGGAAAGGCAUUCGCUACAUAUGUCCAAGCCAAAAGGAUCGUGAAGUUCAUCACAGAUGUGGGAGCCACUGUGAACAACGAUCAAGAGAUAGGUGACCUUUUGAAGGUUGUAUUUGUUCCUGACUACAAUGUCAGCGUCGCGGAAGUGCUCAUUCCUGGUAGUGAGCUGUCUCAGCAUAUCAGCACUGCAGGAAUGGAGGCGAGUGGAACCAGCAAUAUGAAGUUUGCAAUGAACGGGUGCAUACAAAUUGGAACUUUAGAUGGUGCUAAUGUUGAAAUAAGGCAAGAGGUUGGAGAGGACAACUUUUUCCUUUUUGGUGCACAUGCUCAUGAAAUUGCCGGGCUAAGGAAUGAAAGAGCUCAAGGAAAGUUUGUGGCUGACCCUCGGUUCGAAGAAGUAAAAGCAUAUGUGAGAAGUGGUGUUUUUGGUCCCUACAACUAUGACGAACUUAUGGGAUCUUUGGAAGGAAAUGAAGGUUAUGGCCGUGCUGAUUAUUUUCUUGUUGGCAAAGACUUCCCUAGUUAUUUAGAGUGCCAAGACAAAGUUGAUGAAGCAUAUCGAGACCAAAAGAGAUGGACAAAGAUGUCGAUCUUGAACACAGCUGGUUCAUACAAGUUCAGCAGUGACCGUACCAUUCAUGAAUACGCAAGAGACAUAUGGAGGAUUGAACCUGUUGUCUUACCCUAAAGUAAUCAAUUGUAAUUAGCCUAAUUAAGCUCGGUUGUUAAUAACUUAACACAUUCACUCACCUAUAUAGGUCAGCCUAGCCAAAUAAACCCCUACUUAGUGAGCUCUCUUUUCUCUUAAUCUUUUAAUUAGCUACUUUAAAAAAUAAUGGCCUUAUCAAGUGCUAUUCUUUGAAACAAAUCGAUUGCUUUUGAAAUCCAACCCAAGCACACAUAUAUAAAAUACUAUUCCAC